CUGUGAUAAUAAUAAAUCAAGCAUUAAUAAUUGAGAAAUAAAAAUAGUACAUCUGUUUGAACUUAUUACAUUUUUAAUUUAUUCUUCAUAUUGCCUAGUAUUUGAAUCUUGGUAUCGGUAUCAAUAUUGUAUGAAGUGAAUAACUGAAAUUGCUUCUUAUUCUACAUAUUUAUAAUAUAUAAAUAAAUAAAAUGGUUCUUACAAUAACUCAAGAAACAUUCAACGAUGCAGUAAGGGAAAAUGUUGAUGUGUUGGGAAUGUCUUUUGAAGAAGCUCUUGAAGAAACAAUUAAGCAGUUUGAAGCUCAGAAAGUGGAUUUGAGCAAUAUUUCAAAAGAAGUUAUGGGUGAACCGAUUGAUGAAAUAUUGAUAUCUAGUGUUAUUAAUAAGUUGGAAGGUUUCAAUAACGAAAAACUGUAUAACACAGAAACAAUAGACUCUUUGAACACACUUAAAGAAAAUUGUGAUAAAGGAAUAGAAUACAAAAUUUUGGCAGGAAAACUUGGGGCUUAUCAACAAAUAUUAACAAUUUUGAUGAAUAGUAAAGAUGAGAAGACUUUGAAGGUGUCUUGCUUGAAAUCGAUGAUUGCUCUGAUGAGCAAACAACCUGAUCUUCUUGAUGAUAAAGGAGUGGAAAUAAUUCUGCAAAAUCUUGAACUUAAUGGUGAUUCUGAGAUAAUGAUAUUAUGCUUAAAGUGGGCCAGAGAAUGUUGUAUUUACCAUGAAAAGAAUAGGCAAAAUCUUUAUAAUGCUGAUAUUCUGAGUAAACUCAAAGUACAAUUGGAAGAAGCCAAUAAAGAAUUGAUUCGUCACAUUCUAUCAUUGUUCAGAGCAUUAGUGCUUGAUGAUGAUGUAAGGGUUGAGUUUGGGAAAGCCCACGACCAUGCUAAAGGAAUUGCAACUGAAACUCUUCAUACUCUCACUAGUUUGCUGAACAAAUUUAUGACGGAGGAGAAUGUUGUAAAUGAUUUGAUAUUGACAAUAUCAAAUUUGCUGGUGAGGCAUGAGUUUUGUAUGCAAGUGAUGGAAGUGGGAGGUUUAGAUUUAAUUCGACAGGUGAUGACUGAAUACACCAAAAAUGAAAAAAUCAAUAGGCAGUGUUUCAAGUUGAUCAAAGCUUUAGCUGGAAACGAUGAAUGUAAAAUUCUAAUAAUUAAUAAAGGCAUUGCCCCUCUUCUUGCUGCGGCAUUGACUAACAUAAAAUCCGCGCCAAUAGCAUCAGCUGGUCUUGGAUGCAUUGCAGCAUUAUGUUUGAGAUCUCCUGAAAAUAGCAAAGCAAUGUUCGAAAUUGGAGCACCAGAAGUUAUUAUCCAAAUUAUGAAACAAUUUCCUAACGACCAAAAAGUUCAGAGAAGUGGCUGCUGGGCAAUCAGAAAUAUGGUCUCAAGGAGUAAAUACCAGUGCAGUCAUUUUAAAGAAUUAGGUACUGAGGAUCUACUCAAAUAUGCCUUGAAAAAUUUCAAAGAAUGUGAAUAUGAUGUCAAAGCAGCUUUGCGGGAUCUAGGAUGUGAAGUCGAAUUGAAAGAGGAAUGGACGGGAAAAGGAGGACUACUCAACCAUAAUCAUUGUUGAAAAAACUUAUUCCUUGGUUUUUUCUGCUUCAAAGCUUUAUUCUCAAUUUUAACUUGAUACUGACACACCAAUUCUUUUGUUCAUGUCAAUAUUCAAAUACUAUUCUUAAAUCUUAUUUAUUUUGAUUGAAUUGAAUUAAUGGAAAUCUUUUGCAUCAGGAGGCAGCUCCUGUUGAGGGAUGUGGUUAUAUUUAUGCAUGCUAAUAAGUAAUACUCAUAGUUUGAACUGUUUUGAUACUUUCUAGAAAAAUAUAAAAUUUAUGAAGUUA